UUCGAGAAAUAGAUCCAAGAAAUUACGAAGACAAAUAUAAUAUAUAUAGACGCAGAAUUAACGAGAUCGAUCGAGUCGAGGCGGCGGAAAUUAAAAUGGCCUCUUCGUCGACAUCGCCAUGCGCGGCGUGCAAGUUCCUGCGGCGGAAAUGCCAGCCGGAGUGCGUGUUCGCGCCGUACUUCCCUCCGGACCAGCCGCAGAAGUUCGCGAACGUCCACAAAGUGUUCGGCGCAAGCAACGUAACAAAGCUGCUGAACGAGCUGCAGCCCCACCAGAGGGAGGACGCCGUCAACUCCCUCGCCUACGAGGCGGACAUGCGGCUGCGCGACCCCGUGUACGGCUGCGUCGGCGUAAUCUCCCUCCUCCAGCACCAGCUCCGGCAGCUGCAGAUGGAUCUCACCUGCGCCAAGUCGGAGCUCUCCAAGUACCAGAACCUCGGCGGGAUCUCCAGCCACGGCCUCAUCGCCGCCGCCGCCGCCCACCACCAGGGUAUCAACCUCCUCGGCGGUGGCGCUCGCGACCACCACCACUUCCACCACCAGCUCUUCCCCGUCAACCACCAGAACCACCAGGUGAUCAGGGCCGCCUUCGACGGCGGGAAUGGGUACGACGCCGCCGGAAGCCUCCUUGCUAUGAAUAUGUCCGCCAGUAUUGGGCAGCUGAGUGGGUUUCAGCAGACCAGGGCGGCGGGUGCGGCGGCGGAUGGUCGCCGGACGCCGGUUGAACCCUCUUAGGGUGAUUUAUGUUAUCACCGGUAAGUGAGUAAAAGCCAAGAACGGGAUUAUAUAGGUAAAAG